CACUCGAGAGGAUCAGAUCUUGACUUGAUGCGCCAAGAAGGAAUUCAAGGUGAGGUUUCCAGGGAAGUUUGCAGCGUCAGACCACACCGGGAAAGUGUUUGAAAUCCUAUCCGCUGCUGAUUCGCAUGAUCACAUUUUCAUUUGGUGACAUCUAGGAGAAACAUUCACUUUAUGUACAGUCAUGGAGCGCAACGCAUCGGCCCUGUUGCGCGUCCAGCCCUUGCCGCGAGCAGCGCGUAAAAGCGAGUGGCUCAGGAGCGCUCUGGCCUAUCACUACUGCCCCGACCCCGGCGUGGAGAACGAAAUAGUCGUCCUGGCCACUGGAAUAGACCAGUACCUGCAGGAGGUCUUUCACCACUUGGCCUACUCCAACCGGGACGAUACGGUGACGGCGGAGGAUUUCACCGCGCUGUGCGCCGUGCUGGGGCUCGCCGGAGCGGGAAAGAGGGCGAGGAAAGGAAGGGAAGGAACAGGAGAACGUGUGAAAGAAGAUGAGGAUGAAGAGUUCAGAGAUGUGUGUUCAGGGCUGCCCGACCAGAUGUCCUUUAAAGACUUCCACUCGCGGCUCUGCGAGUACUUUCGUGUGCGCAGUGCGCGAAGAGGCACCGGGGACUGUGCCUGGCGCAUGCCCCUCACUGAGGGCACGGAGCUGGUGGAGAGACAGAUCCGGCUCCGAUGGCCGCGUGUCAGGCGGAGAAAGUGUGUCAGUUUUGAUCUGACAAGGGACCAGAGUGGACCGGUGAAUAAUAUGUCUAUAAAAGGUCGAACCGCAGAGGACCGUGAGACAGAUGAGGUAUCAGCUCUGAGGGAGCUAGUGGAGGACCUCCGCUCAGCGCUGCAGGGGAGCGAUGCUCGCUGCCUGGCCCUGGAGGUGGCACUCAGACGGGAGAGAGGCCGCACCCUCCCUCCUCCCUCCAGAUUGAACUCAGCUGUUUCAGCUCCUACAACCUCCAUCACCUUUGUACAGGGACGACUGGUACCAACACAAAGAAUUAAAGGACAGAGCAGUAGUAGUGGAGGAGAUGGGGUAAGGAGGGUGACGAGGAGACAGGACAUCAGGGACCCCCUUCUGAGGGAGCUGAGGCUGAUCCGCUCCUCACGUGACGGGCAGCUGGAGGAGGCCAUCAAAUUCAAUGAGCGUCUGGAGAAGGAGCUGCAGUGGGCAUACCAGGAGGUACGCAAACUUCAGGGGGUGGAAUCGUCACUGAGGAAGGAGAACACUCAGAUCAGGAAGCGGGCAGAGGAAGCCAGGGAGGCUCUGAGCUUGGGACUGCAGAGGGUUCGGCUAAUUCAGGAGCAGGCUCAGUCUGUGCCAAAACUCCAGUCCAGGAUCACUCAGCUGGAGACUGAACUACGCCAGUACAGAUUGCGUUGUACUUGCCUUUGCAACCCCUCCUGUCAACAAAUGUAUCCAUUCGGAUUAGAAGAUACCUGUAGCAAGACAGAUGCAGAGUGUCUGCAGAGAGCAGUGGAGGGGAGAGCUGCAUCUGAUGAAGAAGAGGAGGACAGGGGGCAGAGGGCGGAAGGACAGUGCUGCCUGUUAGGAGUGAAGAAGCACAUCAGCCGACUGCACAGCUGUAGCAAAGGAUGUCAGACUCAUAUAGUCCAGAAUCUUUUCUCUCAGAGUCACCUGCAAGAUAAAAACCUCAUUGGCACUUCUAAGGACAGCACGGGGAACUAUGGCUGGAGGGGACCAAACCAAGAGCAGCAGGAAGGAAGCAGAAGCUUUGAAAAGGAACAGAAUGUGUCCCAGAGGGCCCUGAGGGAGAUUGUGAUGGACACUCUGGAUGCUUGUAGUAGAGGUGGAGAUGGUCUGUCCAGGGUCCUACAGGUAGCUGAUGCUCUCUGCCUCCGGUUGUCCUCUGCUGAUCUCCAUGGAGAUGGAGGGGAUGAUGGAGGAGGAGGAGGAAGAGAGAACAGAGAGAACCUCCUUACGCCGUCUGGGCAUCAAACCAGCAAUGCAAAUCCUCUGCUCAUCUCCUGCUGAAUAAGCUUCUACUGUGGUUGGUACUGUGGUACUUUUGUUGUUAUCCUUUUCCUCUGUUUUAUUUUAUUUUUGGUUGUCGCUUAUUUGCACCAUGUAAGUUUUCCAGUUGUGUAUCCCAGAUUUUGAAACAUAUUUAAAGAUUAAUUUUAUUUACUUUAUUCAAUCUCUUAAUGUUGUAUUUUGUAUAUAUUUAAUGUUAAUUAAAUAUUUCGAUCCACACAAUUUGUUCCCUGUGCAAGAGUUGAUACACAGUGCUUUCAUAAGAUGAAAUAAAAUAUUGCAUUUCA